CUUUGAUCUUUUGGUCCUUUCCCUUGCAAUGCCCACCAAAGAUCAUCGGCCCGAGUGCUGACCAUACCAGCGCCGAACUUUUUUGGUGCUCCAAACUACUCCGAAUGCUUACACGAACUCGAGAGCCUUAAGAUUAUUGCCGCCUCCGAUCCUACCCCAACUACUCCAACUACAACGGUACCGCGAUCGACUCCCCAUGUUGAUCGCAUUGACCACGCAAUGGAUUUGUAACCAUUACCAUUGCAGCUUCAUGCGUAUAGCGGGGACCCCGCGGUUGCGGUGACGUAGACAGGGUUCAUAUACAUCCCCACACCCACACGCAUUCACCUUGGUAGAGCAACAGCAAUUCCCUCGCAGCCUCACUCAAACAGCACCACAAAGCGCAGCCAUUGCAGAGCUCAACAUGACGUCCUCGCUCAAACCCCUCAUCCUGCACGCCCACGGCACGGGCCCAAACCCCUACAAAGUCGCCAUCGCCCUCGAGCUGCUCUCCCUCCCCUACACGGUCAAGCUCUGGGACUUUGGCGACGCGCCCAACGGCGUCAAAGGCCCCACCUUCACAAAGAUAAACCCCAACGGCCGCGUCCCCGCGCUAGAGGACCCGAACACGGGCAUCACCUCCUGGGAGAGCGGCGCGUGCCUCAACUACCUUGUGCGCACGUACGACAAGAAGACCGUUUUGGGUCCCAAGGACGACGAGAAGAGCAGGGUCGAGCAGGAGCAGUGGGUGUUUUUCUUGGUCAGCACGCUGGGCCCGAUGAUGGGGCAGGUCAAUUGGUUCAGGCAUUACCACCCGGAGACGAUUGAGGGCGCACUGAAGCGGUAUGAGGAGCAGGCGUACCGGUGCUUUGGGGUGCUGGAGGAGCAGUUGGGUAGGAGCGGCGGGAAGUUUGUUGUCGGCGGGGAGAAGCCGAGUGUCGUUGAUGUGCAUUUCUAUCCGUGGGUGUACCAGUAUGGGUUUGCGGGGUUGUCGUUGGACGAGUAUCCCAAGGUCAAGGCGUGGUUGGAGGGGAUUGGGGGGUUGGAGGCGGUGAAGAAGGCGUAUGAAAAGGUUCCGAAGGGGGAGAAGGCUUGAUUUGGGCGUGGAGCAAGUUGGGUAUGUACCAUAUAAAAAGAGCUGAGCUGAGGAUCUAGAGAUGC